UCAUAUCCAUUAGCCCCAGAAAAUCGUUGCCAAGCAAAUGAAACUGGUGUUUCAACCAUUCUCGAUUUGCUUCUAUUAAUCAAGUUUUUUCCCCCAAAGCAGAGUUCCAUACACAUUAGCCCCAGAAAAUAUUUGUUUCUUUGAUUUACACGAAAUCCAUUCAAGGUUUUUCAUUGUCGAUUUGAACACAUUAUCAACUUUCACGACAGAGGAACUUUCUGGUUUGCUGGAAUUGUGAAAAGGAAAUAAUGGUGGAAGGGGGUAAUAUAUCAAAACCAGACAAGACAGAGUUCAAUGAGUGUUGGAAAACAACAUGGAAGACUCCUUACAUUCUUAGGCUUGCAUUGUCCGCUGGUAUCGGAGGCCUCUUGUUUGGUUAUGACACAGGAGUGAUUUCGGGUGCCUUGCUUUAUAUCCGUGACGAUUUCCGACAAGUCGACCGGAAGACAUGGUUACAGGAACUCAUAGUGAGUAUGGCUGUAGCCGGUGCUAUCGGUGGUGCUGCGAUCGGAGGAUGGAUAAGCGAUAGGUUUGGCAGGAAAAAAUCGAUUUUGCUUGCUGAUGGACUGUUUGCUGCAGCUGCCCUAGUUAUGGCAUUUGCUCCAGCUCCAUGGAUGAUUAUUCUUGGAAGGGUUUUUGUUGGUCUGGGAGUCGGAAUGGCUUCAAUGACCUCACCUCUUUAUAUUUCCGAGGCUUCCCCUGCUCGAAUUCGAGGUGCACUAGUUAGUACAAAUGGUUUGCUCAUUACAGGAGGCCAGUUUCUGUCUUACCUUAUCAAUCUGGCCUUCACUAAGACAAGAUGGACUUGGCGUUGGAUGCUUGGAGUUGCAGCGGUUCCGGCAUUCGUUCAAUUGUUCUUGAUGCUAUCGCUUCCCGAGUCCCCCAGAUGGCUUUACAGACAGAACAAGGUAGGAGAGGCCAGGUCCAUCCUAGAGAAAAUAUUUCCUGCUAAUGAAGCCGAUGACGAGAUGAAUGCCUUGAGACUCUCUGUCGAAGCAGAAAAAGCCGAUGGGCACGCCAUUGGCGACAAUCUAAUACAAAAACUGAAGGGUGCUUUGAGCAACGUUGUAGUCCGAAGGGGACUCUAUGCUGGUAUAACGGUUCAAGUGGCUCAGCAGUUCUCAGGAAUCAACACUGUUAUGUAUUACAGCCCAACAAUUGUUCAGUUUGCAGGAUUUGCUUCAAACCAGACAGCGUUGGCGCUUUCUCUCAUCACAUCUGGUCUUAAUGCCGUUGGCUCGAUCGUCAGCAUGGCUUUAGUCGACAGAUAUGGCAGGAGAAGGUUGAUGCUUGUUUCCAUGGCCGGUAUCAUCCUUUGUCUCCUGUCCUUAUCGAUUAUAUUCCUCGAAUCUGCCAAUCAUGCUCCGAAAAUCAGCCAGUUUGACAGCAAUUUCAUUCCCAAUGGUACAUGUCCUAGCUAUAUAUCAGCACCUAAACCCUCACCAUGGAACUGCAUGUCUUGCUUGAAAGCCAGUUGUGGAUUCUGCUCGAAUGCGGCCAAUAAGUACUCGCCAGGAUCAUACAUGGAACUGACCAGGAAACAAAGAGAUUUAUGCCGCGGACAACAUCGGACAUGGUUCAAAGACGGUUGUCCGAGUGAAUUCGGGUUCCUGGCGGUUGUUUUCCUAGGACUUUACAUCCUUUCGUAUUCACCAGGAAUGGGGACUGUCCCAUGGAUAGUGAACUCGGAGAUUUAUCCACUGAGGUACAGAGGUGUUGGCGGGGGUUUGGCUGCUGUUUUAAACUGGAUUUCCAAUCUGCUUGUUAGUUUGACGUUCUUGAGCCUGACCAAAGCUCUAGGUUCGGCUGGCACUUUCUUCUUGUUUGCUGGGUUUUGCAUCGUUGGGUUUAGUUUCAUUUAUAGGCUUGUGCCUGAAACCAAAGGGCUACACAUUGAGGAGGUUGAGAAGAUGUUGGAGACCGGGUACAAGCCCAAGCUCUUAAGGGCCAAACCCCAGUUUGUUUAAGCCCAUGUAGUUCAUGACCAACAAAAUAAUUCUUGAAUUACCACAAUAUCUCAUGGUUUCAACCCUAGAAUUCAAGAAUGAAACACAAAUCCCUGACU